GACGGGUGUCGGGCAACCAGACUGAGGCGCAAUCGGGCGCGCGGCAUCAGGUUUCUCUACACCUCUCUGCCCACAGAGAUCUUGACGAGGUUGUGGCCAUUGCAAUUUUUGGACCCUUCUUUUCGUGGAGAAUCUUCGCUCGGGAUGAAGCGAGUGACAUAUCUAGCAAUGUUGACUCAACGUACAAGGAUUCCGGGCCGGCCGAUGAUGACAGUUUUGACGAGCACGAUGCGACGUUACGCAGCAUCUCUGUCCAUGCGUCAUGAGAUCUCCAAUGCUUCCAGGUCAGCAGCAGGUCCAGUAAACGAACGACCCAAGCGCAAUCGACGGCCAGUGAAGAGAUAUGGACAGCAUCGGGCACCGACACAGACACAGGAAAUACCGAAGACUGAGGAAGGCAAGGAAGAGGAGGAGAAUUCUACCUAUCAGAAACUGAAAGGGAAGGCCAAAGCUUUUGCCAGGACUGUGUCGAAGCCGAGGCCGAAGCCGGAGGCCAGAGGCCACGGCAAGGUCUCAGGUCAGAAGGACAAGGGGAAGGGUAAGGACACUGGCAAGAGCCAGGCAAAACGUCAGCCUGCACUACAGGCGCUCCUACUGGCGUUGCCACCGCUAAUGCAUUCGGAGGAUGAACGUGACGAAGUCGUAGCAACUGGUGGACCAAAUACCGACAAUUCGGAUGCCACGACGAGUGGUGCGGAACAGGAGGCUGCAUCGACAUCCGCGGACGCCUCUCGCGUCGCCGGACCAUCCGGACGGCAGAACGUCGACUCUGAUAAUGAAGAGGAGGAAGAUGCGCCCGUUCCUCCAGAUGAACACGAGUGGUCGCAGUUUUACCAUUGGGAUCAUCCCGAUGGCAUCGAGGAACGAUCCAGGAUGCUGGAUGCCAUCCAGCGACAGAACCCUGACAUCACGUUCCGCUUCCCGACCUAAUAGUCUCUACGUGUAACCUGAAGAACGUAUACCAAGUCUCA